AUGCAAAGAGAAGACGGAAGAACGAACUUGCAGCACCGGGAGAUCCACAUCGACACGAGCAAGCACGUCCUGUUCUCGUGCGGCCUCACAAAAGUGCACACAGAGCUCGCACGUGCCCCUCGUCCCGGGAAGAAGCCUCUGACCGUGCAGAUUCUCCCCUCAGAAACUGCAGCCCCAAACAACCCGUCACCCCGAAUAACCCGGGAUCGUGAAAAUCACGAACUUUCCCUGGAAAAUAUCUUCACUCCAAUCCUCCUAGAUACACACACAUACACAAUCUCAGCAAGAGUCAUUUGUGACAAUGGAUCCCUCCUUUCAGCCCUUAUAAAUAGCAUUUCCCUUGCACUCGUAAGAUUUAAAGUCCCAAUUAAGCACAUGAUCUUCAGCACCACAGCAGCAACAUCCCCAGAGUCCCAUAACUCCCAUAUUUUGGACCUUCUACAAAGCGAAGAAAGCUCCCAUUCCAGCCUCACCCUGGCAAUUCCCUACACAAAGCACGGCCUGGGAGUUUCCUACGCGGAGAUUUCAGGGCCACUUUCAGGGCGGGCUUUCUCUGAUUUGCUGGACUUUUCCGUGGGGAGACUCCAGGAGGUUUCUGAGAGGAUUUUUGCACAGGCAGAAACCGUCUUAAAAUAA